CAAGUAUGUAUUUCUAUCUCGCUUGACUUGACGAAUAACGGCCAUCGACAUAAGUUUCAGACCGACCAUACCGUGGGGACCAGCAAACCGUAUCUUGAAUUCUCCAACAUGUCGACUCCCACUGAUCAAGACCAAACAUCAACAACAAACCUAACAUCAUCUACAUCUGGUGAUCUCCCACACUCGAAUGAACACAUCUGUCUCAUUGGCCUGGGCGCCAUUGGAAUCUCCUUUCUUGCCUUACAUCUGACAUACACCUCGGCGCACGUCUCUGUAUAUGACCCUCGCCCGGAUCUUGAAGAACACAUCCAGUCCGUCCUGCCGUUGUACUUACCGGCGCCCUCAGCGUCAUCAUCUGUCUCCAUCGCAGGCCUGAUAUCGAGCAAACGUCUCGUCAUCCACUCGUCCCUCCAGUCAGCGGUACAAGCGGCCACAAUCAUCCAAGAACAAGGCCCCGAAAACCUGUCCUUCAAGCAAUCCACAUGGUCUCAAAUCAUCAGCCACGCCUCACCAACCGCACACCUAUGGUCCUCAACCUCCGGCAUCCCAGCGAGCCAGCAACUCGCCCACCUCCCUACAGACCACCCGGCCCGGGGGAGACUGCUCAUCGUCCACCCGUUCAACCCUCCACACAUCAUGCCGUUGCUCGAACUCGUCCCCUCGCCAUCCACGUCACUCUCUGAACUGACAUUUGCGCAAUCCUAUUUCUCCGCUCUCAGCUCCGGCCACAGACCGAUUCCCAUCCACAAAGAAAGUGCCGGCUUCGUGGCAAACCGCCUAUCAUUCAUUCUCUUCCGCGAGGCCUGCCACCUGGUCAAUCAAGGAGUCGCGUCCGUCGAAGAGAUCGACGAGAUUGUCCGCGCGAGUCUAGGACCAAGAUGGGCCGUUGGGGGACCGUUCAAAAUGUACGGUUUCGGCGGCGGCAAACGCGGGAUGGAAGGUUUUCUCGACAACAUUGGCGAGGCGAUCGAUGGAGUGUGGAAGGAUGCUGGCACGAUCACAAUGGAUCUAGGUCGGGAUGAUCCGGAAGGAUGGCAGAGGAAAGUGAUAGACCAGACGGACCGGGCGUAUGGGGUGUUGGGCCCGGAGGAAAUUAAACAAAGGGACAAAGGGUUAAGGGCGGUGGUUCAAGUGCAACAGGACUUGACUGGGAAGGAUGGAGAGCAUCGAGAGCUGUGAAUGAAGAUUUCCAGGAAGACGAAAAAGGCGAUAUAGGCAAGAUGGGCGUUGCGAAGCUCAAGUCUAGGCCGACUAGCUUGAUGACUGAAGAGGGCAUGCUACAAGGCUAGUUUGAUUUGGUAUGAACCGAAUCUAUCAGGGGAAGGACGCCGCCCACUAUGGUCUUCAAAUCCCUCUCUAUGCAGGAAAUCCAGGUGAUUUGCUGGCCCUCCA